UUUUCUAGUUAGAUUUUGUACAAGAGAAUAACCCUCGUAAAAUUUUAGUAUGUAUAUCGGAACGCUGCCUUACAAAUUCUUUCAAUUUUAUAUAUUCUAUCUUUGUACUUAUCAGAAUUAUGGUACUGAUGCUAGAAUUGGCAAGUAUCAGUAUUUUUAGUGCCUGUGUUUCAGCUUUUUUCUGCAUGAUUACUAAUGGCACGUGUAAAGUUCCAAAAUUAAUCAGCUUAAAGUAUGGCUGGUUAAGACCUCAACUUUUUAAUAAUUUCUCAUGGUCCAAUCGAAAUACAAAAGUUUGCAAAAUUUUGGCAAAUCAAGAAUUGGACGCUUAUUAUCCCAUUAAUAAUAAAAAAUGUUGCAAUUUUCAUAUGCAUAAUGAACAUUCUGCCUACGACCGUAAAAUUACUCCACAGGAUCAAAGUGUUGUUAUCAGGAAUAAAAAUGGAGAUGCUUUAAAAAUCUACAAGAAAAAAUCCUGGCCUCGUUAUAAGCCAAAAAUUAACGAUACAGAAAAAAUAAAACAUCAAAAAACAGCUUUGGAUUAUGCAAUAAACAAUCUAAAGAAUUAUUUACAAUAUACAGAACCUGUUCGAUAUUUGGAAUUCUGUAAAUCACCGUACUGGGAAAAGCUGCGCACGGAAACAUGUGCGAAUGCAAAACAAAUUGCGAGAAAUUGUAAAUUCUGUGGAAAAUUGGAAAACGUCACUGUCAAUUCUUGCAUACGUGACAGACUGUCUAAGUCAAAAUUAAAUUUUGGAGAUGAACGAGAAAUUCAAAGAUAUAUCGAGUGCAAAAAAGCAAUACAUAAAAAAAAGUGGCGAAUCAAACUCGCACGUGCUCUUAAUAUACCACGUAAAUAUAACUACGAUAGUCUGAACGUACCAGUGAAAAGUCCCAGUUCGAAUUUUAUUGUAAUACCCGUUGAAAAGCAGCUGUACUUCAAUCGUAACAGUUGUUAUCUUGAUGCACUGCGUAAUCGAAAAAAUAAAACCGAUAGAAAGAAAUAGUCUAAAAGUAUUUUUAUUAUAGUAUGAUGCA